AUGAGAACAAUGAGGAGGCAGAUGUCGGGCUCGAUUACAGGAACCACGGGGGGAGGAAAUGUCUCUGCGAACGCACCAUACGGCCAGACGGAGACAUUUCCGCUCAUGAAUCUCCCAAUCCUGCUGACCAACCACCCCUCCAAACUCCGGGACGUCACCGAACCGGCUAUGCUCCGUCGGUUGCUUAUCUUCGACUUCCCCAACGUCUACGUGAGCCGGACCAGAUUUGACCCGACCAACCCUCGGCACCAGUCUGUGGACGAAGGUUUGAAGGCGAGGAUGCAGAAAAACGAGACGCUCGAGCAGUUUCUGUCAUGGCUGGUUCGAGGGGCGGUGAAGUUCUAUGCGCAAGGGGAGUCGAUUGGAGCUGUCCCGCCCUCUGUCCAGGCAAACUUGGAUACGUAUCUCGCACUGAACGACAAGCUGCAGCAGUUCAUCGACGAGCACUGUACAAUAGAUCCACAGCUUAGGGGAAACGCGGCGGCGUUUCUCAAGGAUUACAAAGCAGCGUCGGGCGAGCUUACAAUCAGCGUCGAAAGCUUGGCUGCUAGAAUGAACAAGAAGGGCUUUGUAAAGAAAAAACUCGAAACCCAGAACCACUUAGACCUUGAGUAUCCCCAUAGCAAUUGA